GCAGCGUGCAGCUCUACCGGAGUGAGCGAGCGAACACCACUUUCUUCUUCACUCUUUCGUCAGAAUGGAUCUACCCGUGUAGCACAAGUGAUCUUUCAGAUAAUCUAGCGAGUUUUGGCAAGUUUUGGCUCUAUGUGGAGUUCAGGCUCAGGUUGAGACAACCGUUUAGUUUCCUCUCACUUGAUAUUACAUUCAGUAUUCAUCGUAUUUGCGUAAAUAGCCCGUUCCCAUGAUGACGGGGACCGGGUUUGUUUUACGCACCUUGAUCUUGCUGUGCUCGGUCUCUGCGGGGACGUGCAAUACGUUCGCGUUCACGGAGGAACCGUCUGAACGAGCCGGCAAGGGAGACGGGUAUUGCAGUCGGAUAUUACGGGCUCAGGGACCACGGAAAGAGGGCUUCAACGAGUUUCGCCUCCGAGUCGAGGGGGAUCCGGAGAGCUACCACCCGGGGAGCACUUACAGAGUAACUCUGGUCGCGUCCAGCUCAGCCUAUUUCAGAGGCUUCAUCCUCAUCGCCUUGAGGGAGGGCAGGGAGGGGGGACAAGAUGACGACUAUGCCGGACGUUUUCAGAUCAUUGACGAGGAUGACACCCAGUUCAUGACCAACUGCCCCCCUGCGGUGACGGAGAGCACCCCCCGUCGGCGGACUAGCAUCCACGUGUUCUGGACAGCGCCCCCUAGUGGCUCCGGAUGUGUUACUCUCAAGGCAAGCAUUGUGCAGAAGAGGAUCAUCUACUUCCAGGAUGAAGGCUCCCUCACCAAGCACAUGUGUGAGAGAGAGUCGCAGUAUGGGGACUCCACUGAAAGGCCUCUGCUGGACUGCUGCGCCUGUGGAACGGCCAAGUAUAGAGUCACUUACUAUGGAAACUGGUCCGAGAAGAUUCACCCCAAAGACUACCCUCGUCGAGCGAACCACUGGUCUGCCAUCAUCGGGGCGUCCCAUUCCAAGAACUACGUGCUGUGGGAGUACGGCGGCUUCUCCAGUGACGGGGUGAAGCAGGUGGCAGAGCUGGGCUCCCCAGUGAAGAUGGAGGAGGAGAUACGACAGAAGGGUGAUGAGGUCCUUACUGUCAUCAAGAUGAAGGCUCAGUGGCCAGCUUGGCAACCAUUAAGUGUGAGGGCGGCGCCGUCGGCAGAGUUCUCGGUGGACCGGACGCGCCACCUGAUGUCCUUCCUCACCAUGAUGGGGCCCAGCCCGGACUGGAACGUGGGCCUGUCUGCCGAGGACCUCUGCACCAAGGAGUGUGGCUGGGUCCAGAGGGUCGUCCAGGACCUCAUCCCCUGGGACGCGGGCACCGACAGUGGGGUCAGCUACGAGUCCCCUAACAAGCUCACCCAGGCCCCGGAGAAGAUCCGUCCUCUGACCAGCCUGGACCAUCCGCAGGGCCCCUUCUACGACCCCGAGGGCGGAGCCAUCACUCCCGUGGCCCGCGUGGUGGUGGAACGCAUCGCCAGGAAGGGCGAGCAGUGCAACAUUGUACCAGAUAAUGUGGACGACAUUGUGGCAGAUAUUGCCCAGGAGGAGAAAGAAGAAGACGACACACCGGAGACGUGCAUCUACUCCAACUGGUCCCCGUGGUCGGCAUGCAGCUCGGCCACCUGUGAGAAGGGCAAGCGGAUGAGGCAGAGGAUGCUGAAGGCCCAGCUGGACCUCAGCGUGCCCUGCCCACACACCCAGGACUUUGAGCCCUGCAUGGGGCCGGGCUGCAGCGAUGAGGCCGACGCGUCCACCUGCAUGAUGUCCGAGUGGAUCACCUGGUCCCCGUGCAGCGUCUCCUGUGGUCAGGGCGUGCGUUCCCGGGAGCGCUACGUCAAGCAGUUCCCCGACAACGGCUCCGCCUGCUCCAUGCCCACGGAGGAGACCGACAGCUGUGUUGUCAACCCUGAAUGCAACCCCAGCAGUUGCCUGGUUACCGAGUGGGGCGAAUGGGACGCCUGCAGCGCUACAUGUGGCCUGGGGAUGAAGAGGAGGGAGCGCAUGGUGAAAAUGCCCCCUGCUGAUGGAUCUAUCUGCAGCGCGGAGGUGCUGGAGGUGGAGAAGUGCAUGAUGCCAGAAUGCCACACCAUCCCGUGCAUGCUGACUCCGUGGUCGGACUGGAGCGACUGCAGCGUGACAUGUGGGAAGGGCCUGCGGACACGGCAGCGCACGCUCAAGUCCCCCGUGGAGCUGGGCGAGUGCACCGAGGACCUGGAGCAGGUGGAGAAGUGCAUGCUCCCCGAAUGCCCCACAGACUGCCUGUUGACCGACUGGACCGAGUGGUCCGACUGCAACAAGUCCUGCGGCAAGGGCCACAUGAUCCGCAACCGCGUGGUAAAGCUGGAGCCCCAGUUCGGCGGGGACCCCUGCCCCGAGACCGUUCAGAGGAAGAAGUGCAAGGUGAGGAAGUGCAGCCGUGGCCAGGGCAGCCCGGAGGAGAAGAAGAGACGCAAGGAGCAGCGGGAGAAGAGAAGGAGCAAGCAGGGAGGAGGCCGCGAGGAGGUCACCACAGAGCACCCAGGAUGUAAAAUGAGGCCGUGGUCCAGUUGGACGGACUGUACCAAGCUGUGUGGCAAUGGGAUCGAGGAGCGCUUGAUGACUGCAAAGCGGAGGUUCAGGAGCGCCCAGCUUCCCAGCUGCAAGGACAGGAAGGAGAUGAGGGCGUGCAACGUGCAUCCCUGUUAGGAGCGCAGAAAGAGGGGACGAGGGGUGGAACUAUGGAGGUACACAAAAAUGGCCCGGGGAAGGAAAAGAGUGGGGCACAGUGUCACCCGGUGAUCCAAUGCACUCAAUUUAGGGCUGAAAUGGCACACUGUUGAGUUGUAUUGAGUUUGAAUCCAGUGUGGAUCUUGAAACUGUUGCAUUUUCUAAAAAUGUUUGAAAACAGUGGUUCAUUGUUUUUCUGCAGUUGGUUUGAAUUGCCAAGAAAGUUGAAUUGAAAACCAUAACAACAGGAAGAGGCAAAGUAAAUGAUCCAGUGAGUCCCGGAUUCAAACCAUACUGAUUCUAUUGUUGUACAUUUAAACAUGCUCUUUCACACACACACACACACACACACACACACACACACACACACGCACACGCGCACACGCACACACGAUUCCUUUUCAAAAUUACUGUAAACUUGUUGUGGUAAAAUAAGCAUUGAAUAAUGCUGAUUAUGAAAUAUAAGUUAAUUAAAUAAGAUAGUACUGUUAUACCCUGUGGUAAUCUCUGUCCGUCGUGUAUGUUCCAAAACAGAAAGCACAGCCAUUCCAGUAUUUUAUAAGCCUUCCAAGUAACUUCCUUUCCAGGAGACUAAAGGGCCCUCAUGACUUUUUACCUAGUUAUUUGACUGUACAUGUAGACGCCCCACCUUGGAAAAAUUAUGGUUUCACAGCAUUCUAAAAGGAGUUUCUUAUUUUUAGUGUGAAUUUUUUGAUAAGAAUGACGGAUUCUUACCAAAGUCAUGUGUAGAUGUUUUCUAGAUGUUUCCCCUUUCCUUAUCUUUACUCUUUCCCUCUUAACAUAUUAAUA